AUGGACCCUUCUAUCAUUCGUGAGCUGUCGAGGCUCGACAACGCGGUUCCAUUCCGCGCGUCUACCGAUCACCUCCACUACACCUGGGCCAAGACGUUCUUCUCUCGCCCGGAGCUUUAUAUCCGCCCACAGACCAUCCCGGAAAUUCAGCAGAUGGUCACCCUCGCCCGUCGAUGUCGCCGCCGCAUAGUGACCGUCGGCAGCGGUCAUUCUCCCUCCGAUCUCACCUGCACCUCGUCCUGGCUCGUCAACCUCGAUGAUUUCAAUCGCAUUUUACACAUCGACCCCGAAACCCGGAUGGUCACCGUUGAGGCUGGUAUCCGAUUGCACGACCUCGGUCCUAAGCUGGAAGAACAAGGGUUAUCGAUGGAGAACCUGGGAAGCAUUGACAGUCAGUCCAUCGCGGGAGUGAUUGCCACAGGCACACAUGGAAGUUCUUUGCGCCACGGCCUUCUUUCGGAAUGCAUUGAAGCGCUGAGUUUGGUUCUACCCAAUGGCCAGUUAGUGCGUUGCAGCGCCACUAACAACGAAUCCCUCUUCCGCGCUGCCCUUGUUUCCCUGGGUGCGCUCGGAAUCGUCGUGGAGGUGACCUUCAAGGCGCGGCCGGCGUUCAACAUCGCCUGGCGCCAGGAGCGAUACUCGUUAUCGCAAGUGAUCAGCGAGUGGACGACCGGACUAUGGACGUCUCAUGAGUUUAUUCGUGUCUGGUGGAUGCCUUACGAGAAGGGCGCAAUCGUGUGGCGAGCCGAUCCGACCGAUCUCCCACUGCGCGCACCACCCAAAAACUUCUACGGCGAGUGGUUCGGGUACCACGUCUACCACAACCUGUUAGCUCUGUCCGAGUAUUUCCCCCGCAUUCUGCCGUGGGUGGAAUGGUUCAUCUUCGGUAUGCAGUACGGUUUCCGACCAGGCAGCACGGUCACGGAAUCAGUUGAUCCGGCGCGAACCGGUCUGCUGAUGAACUGUCUGUACUCGCAAUUUGUUAACGAGUGGGCACUCCCAUUAGAAAAGGGGCCUGAAGCGAUCAUCCGUCUCUCUGCCUGGCUGCACGGCGACAGCAAGACAGCCGGCAUCCCAUUCUCUAGUAAGGGACUCUAUGUGCAUUGUCCGAUCGAGGUGCGCGUCUCGGAUUCUUCCAAGAACCCUCGCCCUCGUCCCUACCUGGACCCGACAUGUCGCGAUGGUCCGACGCUCUACUUGAACGCGACGCUCUAUCGGCCUUAUCUUCGGGAUCCGCCGUGCCGAAGACGCUACUACGAGGCCUUUGAAUGGCUCAUGCGGGACAUGGAUGCCAAACCUCACUGGGCUAAGAACUUCGCGGUCCUCGGGUCCACGGAGCUGCACGGGUUAUACGGGCAGGAUAUGGACGAGUGGAUGAAGGUACGGCAGGAGGUUGACCCCGAAGGAAUGUUCUUAGGCGAGUGGCACCGUCGUAACCUGCCUCUCUCUACCUGGGGGGAGACUGCUGCCCGAAGCGAGUUGUCUCUCCUCGAGGGUGAGGGUGAGAGUCGCCCGGUUGGCACCCGUGGUGCGGGGGACGGGAUUGAAUGGAUAGGGGAUCGCCGAUGGCAGGAUCAGAACAAGUCAGAAACGGAGGGAAAAGUAUACGACUUCCCGCCUGACCAGCCGGCGUCUACUUCGCCGACGAGCGAGGAGAGUUUUGAUUUGCUUGCAAAGGGAGAAGCUAGUAUCAUUUUCCCCAAUGUGAAACUCGGAGAAUGA